CUCUUCGCAUCGCGGCUGUAAUCCUUCCUCUGCUCCCUAGUCCCUUUUCUUCUUCGCUCCCCGAAAGUAACUUCUCAUCCAUCUCCUUCCUCCUCCUCCCUUUUCUUGUCGAAGAUUCUUCGGCCAGCACUCGCCUUUCACACGCAGAACGAUCCGGCUCGCCCGUUUCUAAGCGUGCCGCUCCUUUUACAAAUACCACGCGCACACGCACAUUCACACACAGUCGUUCGCUAAGCACGGGUGAUCUGCAGGGCCCGGCAUCUCCUAGCUGCAGCGCAGUGCAACCACACGAAACAUGGGUAUCUUUUCGAGGCGGUCUACAAAUUCUGUGAACAACAAAAGCCCACCCAACAGUCAGGGCAACGGUAUACUUGCCAACGGUCACGCUUCUCGUCCAUUCAGCAAGAUGGUGCCCCAGAUACCAGACAUUCCUCUCCCCAAGCCCCCCGACCCAUGGCAGGACCCGGUCGCCUACUUGCGGAGCAUUCAUGCCGUCCGCGAGAGGAGCAAACUGGUGCUCGAAAAGGCGAAGAGGAACCAAUUGAAGCACUUCGACGUGGACAUGGGCAAGUUCGCCGAGACGGCGAGCUAUGUGGUCUCCAUCAUCAAGAGAGAUUACGCCGCCGAAGGCUAUGACACCAUCCCCCCGCACGGCCGUUGGCAGCACUUCGAGGUCGGUGGCCGCCCACGCGUGGACCAAUUGCUGGCAACAUGGCCCUCCACCGUUGAUGCGCAGGAACGCUGCCGGAGGCUCAUCGAUCUGUUCCUUGUUUCCGUGCUCCUCGACGCGGGGGCCGGCACACAGUGGCAGUACAAGAGCAAGGAGAACGGCAAGAUCUACCGACGGAGCGAGGGGCUUGCUGUCGCGAGCUUGGAGAUGUUCAAGGUCGGCAUGUUCAGCAGCAACCCCAACGAACCUUGCCAGGUGGACAGCAAGGGACUGCGUUCCAUCGACGUCGCCACCAUGGCCAAGGGUCUGCAGGUCUCGGACACAAAUCCUAUCGCGGGGCUGGAAGGACGGACGGGUUUGCUCAUGCGCUUGGCAGACGCUCUCGAGAACACCAAGGUUUUCGGUGAGGAGCGGCGGCCGGGCAACAUGCUGAACUGGCUACUCGAGCACCCUACUACCCAGGUCUCCUCGGUGCCCAUCAUCCUUCUCCCUACCUUCUGGAACCUCCUCAUGGACGCGCUUGGCCCCAUCUGGCCAGCGACGCGGACGAGUAUCGACGGCCAGUCUCUCGGCGACGCCUGGCCGCUGCAGAUCCUAUCGUCGAUCCAUGAAUGGGAGUCCAUCGUCCCAUUCCACAAACUCACACAGUGGCUGUGCUACUCGCUCAUGGUUCCCAUGCAGCGGCUCCUCAACGUUCACUUCGCCGGUGCCGAGCUCAUGACUGGUCUACCAGAGUACCGAAAUGGCGGACUGCUCGUUGACACCGGUCUGUUGACUCUCAAAGAGGAAGACAUGCAGCGUGGACUGGAGGCCUACAAGGCUGCCAUGUCUGGUGGAAUGGAGGUCGUACCGCUGUUCACCACGGACGACGAUGUCAUUAUUGAAUGGAGAGCGGUUACUGUCGGCUUUCUGGAUGAGUUGCUCGUCGAAGUCAACAAGCAGCUCAACGCAAAGCUCACCCUGGCUCAGAUGCUUGAGGCCGGCACGUGGAAGGGCGGUCGCGAGCUCGCUGAAGUUUCACGGCCCAACACAAAGGAACCUCCCAUCAUGAUCGUAUCCGACGGCACCGUAUUCUGAGAAUCUUCGCACAACCGAGGACCAAAAAAAAAAGUCUCAUAACGUGAAACAACAUCAAAACAACAUACCUCUAUUGAUUGUGCGUUUGUCUGUUUGUAUGCUCUUACUUUUGCGUGCUUGUUUCUCAGCUGCGAGGUCCGAAAACAUAAUUCUGCUCAACGUAUGCUGGGAUCGCAGGAGGGAUUUUUUAGGACCUUUCUUGUUUAACCACAACCAAUAGCCUGACAUGGGCCUGCGCCUUGCCCUGCGUUCAGCUCUUUCUCUCUCUCUCAAGAAGAGAGUGUACUGGACGCAUGGCAUGACCAAGCGACCUGGCGAGAGGUUUUAACGACGGUAUGAUUAAUCACGUGUUUACGAACUUUCGCAUCGGGGAGCAGAAUGUACAAGAGACGGCACAAAGGGGGCAGGGAACCUAAAGGGCAUCCAAAAGGGCGGUCAUGUUUUCUUUUUUUAAUGUCAUCUUCGCACGAGACAGAAUAUCCACAAUGAGAAGUUUUCACGUAUGCGCUAAAUGGCCUAUCAAAUGGAACGUCCAGAUCGUUUCUUUUCAAA